AUGGCGUGCCGCGUGCCGGGCCUGGCCCGUUUAGCACGUGACGUGUCGUGCCAGACCCAUGCUGUGUCGGCCGUGCUACUGGAGAACACAUCUGAACGAAUAGAGCAACAAAUUAACCGCAGAGGUUUCACGGAGAAGGCUCGAGGGGGGGCUCGAGGAUUUGGAGAAGCCGCCGCUCGACUCGUGAAGACGCCGCCGCCCGACCCUCUCCAAGACUCCGCCGUCCAGCGCCUCCCCAAGACGCCGCAGCUCGACGCCUUGACGCCGGCGUACCUCCUCCGGCGUACUGGACUUCUCUCCGGUGGUUCUCAGGCAACCAGAGAAGCAAGAUUAAACAAUUUGGACAAACUAUUGGCCAUUCAAAAACUGGAUGAUCAUGACAUCAUCAAGAGCAAUUCAUAUGUAUGACAACAUCAUUCUCAGUGGUCUGUAAAAAUAUAACUAAUUGUGAGCUAUUGCACAAGUACCCUGUGUUGCAUUAUGUUUGUUGCAAAAUUAUGGUGUUGCUGUGAAAGAUCACGGAUGAGAUAUUA